AUGAAAACUUGGCUGAAGAGACUUUCAGAGACAAAGGGCCUCUGUGCCCAGCUGGCGUGGACAUGCGGAGGACAGCCCGGCAGGGAAGAGGGACACCCUGCUGCUCGGCCUCCCACUGCUAAGCCAUUGAGACCAUCUGCGACUCCAGGAGACUUGGACAGGCUGAGCCAGGGGAAGAAUCGCCCUGGACGGACGCCCAGACCAGAGAGGCCUGGUCCGGCUGGGCUUGCCAGGUCUCAAGAGAAUAGAAUACUGUCACUAGUCUCUUUACUUGAUGCAUGGAAAAAACGAUGGGUGCAAUCUAAACAUCAGCCGGAUUAUGGUAAAUUUCAGCUCACUGCAGGAAGAUUUUAUGGACACAUAGAGAAGGAUAAAGGUCUCCAGACCACGGAAGACGCCAAGUUUUAUGCCCUUUCUACCAGGUUUAAGCCAUUCAGCAAUGAGAAUGAGACCUUGGUGGUUCAGUUUUCAGUCAAACACGAACAGGGCAUCGACUGUGGUGGCGGAUAUGUGAAACUCUUUCCUGCCACGCUAAACCAGGAAGACAUGCAUUCGGAAUCCGAGUAUUACAUCAUGUUUGGCCCUGACAUCUGUGGCUUUGGCAAUAACAUCGUGCAGGUCAUCCUUCAGUACCAAGGGAAAUACCAUGCAAACAACAAGACCAUCAAGUGCAGGAUCAAUAAAGAUACUCACCUAUACACUUUGAUCAUUCACCCCAAUGCUACUUAUGUGGUCAAAAUUGACAAUGAGCAAGUGACAGCUGGGGAACUGGAGGAUGACUGGGACUUCUUGCCUCCCCGGAAAAUAAAAGACCCCUAUGCCCGGAAACCAAGGAAAUGGGACGAACGUCUGCAAAUAGAGGAUCCUGAAGAUAAGAAACCCGAGGAUUGGGAGGACUUUGAGUUCAUCCCAGACCCAGAUGCCAAGAAGCCGGACGACUGGAAUGAGGCAAUAGAUGGACAGUGGGAAGGACCUCUGAUCCCAAACCUGAAGUAUAAGGGACAAUGGAAACCUCGGAUCAUCGACAAUCCCAAUUAUCAGGGGGAAUGGAUUCAUCCAGAAAUAGACAACCCUGAAUAUAAACCUGACCCCACUCUUUGUCGCUAUUAUAACAUCAGUGUUCUCGGCUUGGACCUUUGGCAGGUGACAUCUGGCAGUAUCUUUGACAAUUUCCUUGUUACAAAUGAUGAAGAGUUCGCUGAAGAGGUUGGCAAUAAGACUUGGGGCAUCAGAAAGGAUGUAGAGAAGCAAUGGAGAGAAUUGUAUGAAGAAAUGGAAAAAAGAAAACAGGAAGAAGAGGACAAGAAGAAAAAGGAAAAGGAGAGGGAACGAGAAGAUGACAUCUGGGGACUUUACGCAGAGGAAGAUGAAGAGGAUGAAGGGGAUGUUGAGGAGGAACCAGAAGAUGACAGGCAGAUGCAGGAAGGUGGCGGUGAAGAAGCAUUUCCGGGUAAAAAUGGAGAAGCCCAUGUUGACCAGAAAGAUGAACUGUAACUAGGGGAAAAAUAGUGAUGCGCAGAAGCAAGGGAUGGUGUUAGAAGGAGAAAUGUUCACACAAUUAGCAAUAUUUGGG